CUCCUCCCAUCCCGACUUAUUAACCCUUGGAAAGCUUCUAAGAUCGGGCGAAGUAAAAGAUGGAGGGCUAAAUAGCAACUAGAUUCGGAAUACGGUGUGUCUGCGUCUGGGCGUAAGAUGUUGUUGGGUUGAGUCGGGGCUAGCGACCAACCUACCCUACCCGGUAUACCAGGUAGGUAGGUCCUAGGUAAUACACGAUGCUGCUUAUACUCCGUUCCAUCUAUCUGAGUCACAUUACCUACCUAUCUUUUCGAAAAGCCCGGGGCUGAAAAGAUCGCGGGAGGUAGGUAUGAUGGUCGUUAAGCCGAAACGUGAGAGGGAGGUGUGCUGGAUGAAUGAUUCCGCCCAUCGAUAGUAUCAUGGCGUUGGGGUUGGGGUUGGGGCCGCGAGGUAGAAGAGAGAGGGAGGGGGAGGGGGGGAGGAGAGUUGGGAUACCGAGUGAGGCGAUGCUGUCUGUGUCGUGGUACUUAAUAACUGGCAUGGACGUAUAGUCAGGCUCCUUGACUUAGUCGUAGGUGUUCUGAGAAGACAUCUGUUCUUGUUUCCUAUUAUAUCGAGAUUUAUUUUACGAAAAGGGUUAUCAGACUCUCUCGUCACUUGACCGCGCCUAGUGUACUGUACUCCAAUAUCAUCUAGAAUUUAUCGAAAUCAAAGAUCGCAAAGAUGAUCGAUAUAGCGUUGAGCCCUCUUGUCACGGGGCUAGCUGUAGCGGCCUUGGGAGCCGUCUACUGGCUCGGCUGGUGCGUCUACUGCCUCUGGUUCCACCCGCUCGCCAAAUACCCCGGGCCAAGACUCGCAGCGAUAUCUGAGACGUGGUUCAUCUGGUCCUGGACCACGGGGAGAUACCCGAUGAUCCUAGAGGACACGCACAAGAAAUACGGCGACAUCGUCCGCAUCUCCCCCAACGAGCUCUCCUUCGCGACCGUGCAAGCGCACCGGGACAUCUACUCGACGCCCUCGCGCGCGCGCAAGCCCUUCCUCAAGUGCGGGAUGUUCUACAACAACGGCGACGUGACCAACGUCUUCUACGAGCUGGACCCGGCGCAGCACGCCAAGAUGCGGAAGGCGCUGGCCCCCGGCUUCACGGGCACCGCGGUGAAAGGCCAGGAGCACCUCAUCCACCGCUACGUCGACAUGUUCGUGAGGAAGGUGGGCGAGAUUAGCGAGGGGAGCUGGGGGCAGGGCGUGGACAUGGGGGAGGCGAUGAGGUGGCUGGCGUUUGAUGUUAUGGGCGAACUAACCUUCGGCGAAUCCUUCAACGCCGUCGCGACGGGAAAAACGCACCUCUGGAUCACGCUGCUAACCGACAGCGCGCACGCCGCCAUCCUCCCCAGCUUCGUGCGGCGCGCGCCGAGCCUCGUGCUCGUCCUCCCCUUCCUGCUGUCCAUCUCCGCCAUCCGCAACCUGCGCAAGCACUACGCGUACACGCUGGCGACCGUGCGGCGGCGCGUCGAGCGCCAGCGCCAGCGCCAGCACCAUCUCACGCCCUACCAUAAUCAACAGCAGCAGGAGAAGCGUGACAUCCUAACCCCUCUGCUAGAGCCCAAGGAGAAGAAGAAGGGAGGAGAGAGUGGGGGUGGGGUAUACGGGGCCAACGUGACGGAGAAGCAGCUGGUCUCGCUGAUGCAGGCGAUGGUGAUCGCGGGCGCGGACACGGCGACGGUGGCGAUGACGACGGCGGUGUACUUCCUGUGCGCGACGCCGCGGGCGCUGGAGGCCGUGCAGGAUGAGGUGCGCGCGCUGGGGUACGAGCAGCUGAACGGGGUCGAGCUGCCCAAGCUGAAGUAUCUGAAUGCGGUCAUUGAGGAGUCUAUGCGCUGCUUCCCCCCCAUCGCCUUCGGCCUCCCGCGCGUCUCCCCCGGCGAAACCAUCGACGGCGUCUACAUCCCCCAGGGCGUCCGCGUCUCCGUGUCGCAGUGGGUGCUGCACCACAACCCGUCCGUGUGGGAUUCUCCGCACGAGUUCCGGCCCGAGCGAUGGCUUGCCGACCACAAUUCCCCUCCCAGCAAUCCCCCCGUCAGCUCCCCCACCACCAAUAGCGCAUACCCACCAAAGCCCCCUCCCACAGCCGCCGCCUUCCCCUUCAGCAGCGGGCCCCGCAGCUGCCUGGGGAUCGCGCAGGCGUACCUGGAGAUGCGGAUCUCGAUCGCGAAGCUCGUGCACGCGUACGACAUGCAGCUGGCGCGGGACCCGGGGGACUGGGUGGGGCAGGCGAGGAUGGAGAUGUUGUGGAAGAAGGGGCCGCUGAUGGUGCGGAUGCAGCCACGAUCCCGUUUUGUUGCGGAGGUGGGGCCGGCAAUGGAGAAGGAGAAGGAGAAGGAGACGGAGCUGAUUUGAUCAAAUGAAAAGUUGACGUUGAAGCUGAAAGAGGAGUAUACGGCCUACCCUAGGUAUAUACUUACCUACCUAAGGUGCUUAUGGUGCUUAGGUAUAUAGCGUGAACAACGAUUUAAGUGGGAUUUCGGUGGAUUCAAAGUUUUGAUAAAGGGGUAUGCAUAGAAUAGGCAGAAUGUUGUCACUCACCAAGACCGCAAGGU